UGGCGGUCUUGUCGCAGUUGCUAUUCUUUACUAAACAAUAAAGUGAAAAUUGAUUUAACCAACUAUUUUUGUCACUUUUCUAAGAAAUUAGUUCAAAAAACAUUAUUUAUUAUAAUUAUUUAAUAAGCUAGUUAAUAAGAUAAUGUGAUAUUAGGUGAACCCAUGGCUUCCAAUGUGCAAGAUUCACCUGUCGUUCAUCAGACGUUCGUUGAAGAAAUAGAUUACAAUGAAAUUCAGGAAUUACAGGUUGUAGGUAAGGGCGCGUUCGGAGUAGUGUGGAAAGGCCUAUGGCGGAAUAAAUUUGUAGCUGUGAAACACAUAAACUCUGAGGCUGAGAGGCGAGAGUUUGCCAUCGAAGUCCGCCAGCUAUCUCGCGUAUGUCACCCAAACAUUGUGAGGUUAUAUGGGGCAUGCACCCAGGGUACCCAAGUGUGCCUGGUCAUGGAAUAUGCGGAAGGUGGAUCUCUGUAUAAUGUAUUACACAUACGCCCGAAGCCCAAAUAUACUGCAGCUCAUGCUAUGAGUUGGGCCCGACAGUGUGCAGAGGGUGUUGCUUAUCUCCACUCAAUGAAACCGAAACCAUUAAUACACAGGGACUUAAAACCGCCAAAUCUAUUGCUAGUUGCUGGUGGACAGAAACUGAAAAUAUGUGAUUUUGGUACAGCAGCUGACAAGGCUACGUAUAUGACUAAUAACAAAGGCAGUGCAGCAUGGAUGGCACCAGAGGUGUUUGAAGGUUCAUCAUAUACUGAAAAGUGUGAUGUAUUCUCCUGGGGCAUAAUACUAUGGGAGGUCCUUUCCAGAAGAAAACCCUUUGAAGAAGGGGGCUCAGCAUUUAGGAUAAUGUGGGCAGUACAUACAGGUCAGCGGCCAAAUUUAAUAGAAGGCUGCCCUGAACCAAUAGAGCAAUUGAUGACUCAGUGUUGGCACAAGGUGCCGGCGGAGCGACCUAGUAUGGCUGAGGUAGUGGAUAUAAUGACAGCACUCUGUGAGUUCUUCCCUGGUGCCGACACGCCCAUAAACUACGAUGACCUUGAAGACGACGACGAGGAGAGUGUAGACGAUGACUACUUACUAUACAGCACUCGAGACAGUUUCGAAACAGAAAACAUAUCCCAGACACACAAUCCUGUACACUUUACAGAUGAGACAUCCUCAAAUCCGGUCAUAUAUCGACAUACGGGGCAACCUCAUUCACCGAACAUGUCACCAAGACCUCGAAGCUUCGUCGAGUCCCAAGUCAGUCGCCUUCAGAACCUAAUAGCAAACGAAAACCAACCGAAACCAACUAGGGACGACCCACAGGAUCUUCAAAGAUCGUCCGUCAGGAUUCCCCAACAGUUUGUUAGGAAGGAUACGCAUUUAGAACCGGGGAGUUCAAUCACCAUUAAUCGAUCAUCGAGUUCUCCUGUACCAUCGGAAAGGACCCAUAUGCCCAGUGAAGCAAGUACCCCGCAAGACACCUUAAGAGUAUUCAGAAGUCCCGUAGUUUUCAGCGAGAGCUCGUCACCUAGAGGAAUAUCGCCUUUAGUGAAUUACAACAUCGGUAAUAUGAAUCCUCGGCAUAUAGACAUGGAUCAGUACUGGAAUAGAGAAAAUGAAAAAUUGUCUCCGGCGAGUAGGACGCCGUCGGCGUUGAGUACAAAUUCAACAAGAAAAGAGGAUUACAAUCAGAACUACUGUGAUAGAUUGAGCGCCGUUAACAGUCCUGUGACGUUGCAGUACAAUGGCAAUACCUCGCAGGGAAUGCCAGUUGAUCCCAGAUAUCAAACUCCUUUACAAAUUGAGGUUGAUCCUAACACGUGGGAACUGAAAGACUUUCGUGACUCGCUCAAUAAUUAUGAUGGAUACAUAGAACUAAAAAACCACGGCGGCUUCGAUAAAUUUAUAGCAGUGGGUAACAGUAGCGGGUCGACACCCGCGGAAGGCGCCGCGCCGCCGCCGGCCGAGCCUGACCCGGACUUGGAUUCAAUGCACAUGAUGUUGGACCCACACCUUCGGCCCAUAUCGCCGGACCUCAACAACGAGGAGUCAAAGCGCAUCUUUGAUGAGCACAAACAGUUGGCGCAGGAAUACCUUAAAAUACAGACUGAACUAGCAUACCUGAGCAAACACAAAUCAGAGCUAGAGGCAGAAAUGGAUGACGAGGAGCUACGGCAAAAACGAGAGAUAAUACAAUUAGAAAACGAGAAGGAUUCGUUAAUCAAACUAUACUGCACACUAAAGAAUCAGCUGUCGCGAACAGACAACGAAAGUUGGCUUCUACAAGAAGAUCGGCCGCACGAGUGAAGAAGCCCUUCAUAGCGUUUGGUCAGUGAACUACCGUCGAUAUAUUGACAACUAUGAACAAUUAACUCCGGACAAAUUCCUCCGCUUAUGUGAAAGAACACAUUUUAUUUAUGAUUUCUUAGGGUGAAAUCGCAUACAUUAGCAGCGUUUGGCAGUUUGCUGGCAACAAAAACCCAGCUAAGCACAUGUAGUUUAUUAGACAUAGAUUGUUCACAAACGUUAGUUCAACGCCCAAAACUCAAUAGGGCUUAACUUUGCGCGACCGCAGUAUGACGUUACGCGCACACAUUCCGCACUCUGUGCCUAUUAUGUUUGUGCUGCCAUUAUUAAGGUUUUUCACUUCCUGUUGUAUCUGUAGGAAACUACACGUAGUGUUUCUAUUACAGUGGAUUUUGACUUCUGUGUCCGUUCGGGAAUGAACGGGAUAUAAAAUGGGACCUGAACCCACCCAUUAAGCGCCUAUGUAACACUGAUAAACGCGUUUAUGUAGAUCAAAUGUAAAGUUAAACAAGGGUAGUUCAAAAAAGGGUUAAUAUGAUAUAACAGAAUUCAUAAUAAUGAAAAAUAGCUUCCUUUUAACAAAAAUACCUACGCGGUGACAACCAUAAAACCAUAUUUCAAUUCACACACUUCUAUGUAAUAAAAUUGACAACCCUUAAUAACUCUUAGGUCUUAUUCAGUUUUCAUUAUAAAAUAAAACCUUUCAUAAA